CUCAGAAUGGGUGUAAUACGAUAGUCGGCGUACUUGCGAUGUCAAUGGACCAGCAGAAGGCACUGCUCUUUGGAGCGGCCGCUGCGGUGCGUUUGGUCCUCUUCACGGCCUUUCCCUCCUUACCAAACCUCCUUGCUGGCCGCGUCGAAGUAUCAACUCCAGUGACAAGCUUCAAACGGUUGCAGGAAGGUCUCUUCCUCUAUACUCACAAUGUGUCCCCUUAUGACGGCGGCAUAUAUCACCAGGCUCCACUACUACUUCCCCUCUUCUCCCUCCUGCCCGAUCCCUCCUACUUUCCAUUUGCGACCAAUCUCCUUUAUACGGCCGUAGAUCUGCUGGGAGCAUAUGCUCUGAUACAAAUCGCGGAGAGUGGACAGUCGGCCACUCCCAGGCUGUUUCAAUCGUCUCGGAAAGAUAUGAGAUGGAGUAGCGUUGCCGUUGCUGCAGGCUUUUUAUUAAAUCCGUUUACCGUGGCUACUUGUAUCUCCCACUCGACAGCUGCUUUGAGUAAUAUGUUCAUUCUCACGGCUAUGGCCAAGGCUUCGCAAGGUGCAAUUAUUACCUUUGCCUUUGCGUUGGCCGUGGCAUCAUACCUCUCCUUACACCCUGUCCUUCUCUUUCCGCCUUUGCUUUUCCUUUGCUAUGACGUUCGAGCUUCACGUUCAACGGCCGCACCUAAACUCGCGCUUUAUGCCUUGACGCUCACGGCAGGCUUCGGAGCAGCGUGCGGGCUUCUCCUCUAUCUCUCCGCAUCGCUUACCGGCUCCUGGGAGUUCCUGAUGUCUACCUACGGUGUUCGACUACUUCUACCCGAUUUGACUCCCAAUGUUGGCUUGUGGUGGUACUUCUUCAUCGAAAUGUUUGACUCCUUCCGUGAGUUCUUCCUCGGAGUUUUCUGGCUGCACGUGGCCUCAUAUAUGCCUGGAUUCACGAUACGUCUGCGAAAGCAGCCAUUGUUCGCAGCUAUGAGCCUGACGGGCAUAUUCGCCAUCUUCACCCCUUAUCCCAGCAUUGCAGAUGCUGCCUUGUAUCUGUCUUUACUACCCUUAUUCAGGCAUCUAUUCCCUUUGAUGCGAUAUACCUUCCUCGCGUCUGCCGCUAUACUCUACGCUUCAUUCCUCGGACCCGCGUUCUACUAUCUGUGGAUUUAUGCAGGAUCUGGAAAUGCCAACUUCUUCUACGCCAUUACGCUGGUGUGGAGCUUGGGCCUGUCCAUCAUCGUCGGAGAUUCGCUUUAUGCUGCAUUGAGGGAUGAAUUGGACGUGGAGAGACCUGAAUUACGAGGGAAGGAAGUCAAGCGAAUAUGAGACGACUUUCGCACUUGCAAAAAUAAAAGGGACGACCUCCCUUGCACCUUGUUGACAGGAGGGAUGACAAUCCGUCUCGUGAUGCUAUAGUGUGCGGCAUGGCUAGUUGAUGAACGCUUUUAAAUGAACCCCUGACAGGUG